AUGCAGGUCCCCAGCCCCAGCGUGCGCGAGGCGGCCUCCAUGUACGGCACAGCGGUGGCCGUCUUCCUGGUCAUCCUGGUGGCCGCCCUGCAGGGCUCAGCACCCCCCGAGAGCCCCUUCCCCUACCACAUCCCCCUGGACCCCGAGGGCACCCUGGAGCUCUCCUGGAACGUCAGCUACGUGCAGGAGACCGUUCACUUCCAGCUCCUGGUGCGGGACCUCAAGGCCGGGGUCCUGUUUGGGAUGUCUGACCGUGGUGAGCUGGAGAACGCUGACCUGGUCGUGCUCUGGACCGACGGAGACAGCGCCUAUUUUGGGGAUGCCUGGAGUGACCAGAAGGGGCAGAUCCACCUGGACUCCCAGCAGGAUUACCAGCUGCUGCGGGCACAGAGGACCCCGGAAGGCCUAUCCCUCCUCUUCAAGAGGCCCUUCAGCACCUGUGACCCCAAGGAUUACCUCAUCGAGGAUGGCACCGUCCACCUGGUGUACGGGAUCCUGGAGGAGCCGUUCUGGUCGCUGGAGGCCAUCAACACCUCGGGCGUGCAGACAGGGCUGCAGAGGGUACAGCUGCUGAAGCCCAACAUCUCCAUCCCGGCCCUGCCCUCGGACAUGCGCACCAUGGAGGUCCGCGCCCCCGAUGUGCUGAUCCCCGGCCAGGAGACCACGUACUGGUGCUACAUCACGGAGCUUCCGGAGGGCUUCCCCCGGCACCACAUCGUCAUGUACGAGCCUGUCGUCACCAAGGGCAACGAGGCCCUGGUGCACCACAUGGAGGUCUUCCAGUGCGCCGCCCAGUUCGAGAGCUUCCCCCAGUUCAGCGGGCCCUGCGACUCCAAGAUGAAGCCAGACCGCCUCAACUACUGCCGUCACGUGCUGGCCGCCUGGGCCCUGGGCGCCCAGGCCUUCUACUACCCGGAGGAAGCUGGCCUUGCUUUCGGGGGUGCCGGCUCCUCCAGAUUCCUCCGCCUGGAAGUUCACUACCACAACCCGCUGAAGAUAAAAGGCCGCCGCGACUCCUCGGGCAUCCGACUCUACUACACGGCCACGCUGCGGCGCUUCGACGCGGGCAUCAUGGAGCUGGGCCUGGUGUACACGCCCGUGAUGGCCAUCCCCCCUCAGGAGAAGGCCUUCGUCCUCACCGGCUACUGCACGGACAAGUGCACCCAGCUGGCCCUGCCUCCCUCGGGGAUCCACAUCUUCGCCUCCCAGCUCCACACGCACCUGACAGGCAGGAAGGUGGUCACCGUGCUGGCCCGGGACGGCCGGGAGAGGGAGAUUGUGAACAGGGAUGACCACUACAGCCCUCACUUCCAGGAGAUCCGCAUGUUGAAGAAGGUUGUGUCUGUGCACCCGGGGGACGUGCUCAUCACCUCCUGCACAUACAACACAGAGGACAGGAAGCUGCCCACCGUGGGCGGCUUCGGCAUCCUGGAGGAGAUGUGUGUCAACUACGUGCACUACUACCCCCAGACGCAGCUCGAGCUCUGCAAGAGCGCUGUGGACCCCGGCUUCCUGCAGAAGUAUUUCCACCUUGUGAACAGGUUCAACGCUGAGGAAGUCUGCACCUGCCCUCAGGCCUCCGUCCCUGAGCAGUUUGCGGCUGUUCCCUGGAACUCCUUCAGCCGCCAGGUGCUGGGGGCCCUGUACAGCUUCGCCCCCAUCUCCAUGCACUGCAACAAGUCCUCGGCCGUGCGCUUCCAGGGUGAAUGGAAUCUACAGCCCCUGCCCGAGAUCAUCUCCAAGCUGGAAGAGCCCACUCCUCAGUGCCCAGCUAGCCGGGGUCAGAGCCCCACUGGCCCCACCGUCGUCAGCAUUGGUGGAGGCAAAGGUUGA